UAGCUUGUGUGGAGGUCCAGACGAGGACAGUCGAAGCUCGCCGGGUGCUGCUCCGUCGUGCGUCCUGGACACGAUUCCUGAGCCGCGUCCUGCCCUUUCAUUGCCCCUGCUUUCUGUGCUGUAUCCUCCCUUCACAUCCAGGGAGCUGGUGAGACCAGCGGGUGUCAUUCCCUACAGAGGGAACACUGAAGGAACACCAUGGCCUUAGCAGGAUGCCCUGACUACUUCUUACAUCACCCAAACUACCAGAAAAACAAGCGCGUACAUAUUCUCCAUGUGCUCGUCCCAACUCUUCAAUGCACCUGAUUCUUACACCUAAGAAAGCAUGGACCGCACUUCCUCUCGCCGGCCUGAGGAGCUGAUUGUUCCAGGCUUUCAGCGUUCAGCCAAUCAAAAUUUGCCACAUCACCAUGACGAUGAUGUGGACCUGGAGCAGUUGGUGAAUGAGAUGAACUCCUCCAUGGAGAGCGUGUACUCUACACAGGCAGACACGGCGCUACUCUUGAACAAUGGCCACAUGCACAGUCCUCACAACCACCACCAGGUGCAUGUGCACGCUGCCUACCCGGGACACGGCCAGGGCCACCGUCGUCACACCCCGCCCCUGCCCACCACUUCUUCUCCCUCCAGGGAGAGGCUGCGACACUCUCAGCCCAUGCACAUCCAGGCCGUCAGGUGCCUGCAGGAAGAGCAGCAGCUGCGUCCUGCCUCCCUGCCGGCCAUCCCCAACCCUUUCCCUGAGCUCUGCAGCCCAGCAGGCUCCCCCGUUCUCAGCCCCAUACAGACCUCUGACAACCAUAUAGUGAAGGUGUGGAGCGAGGAUGGGGCUGGUAAAGUGGUGGAGAUCCCGGCAGACAUGACGGCCAGAGACGUCUGUCAGCUCCUGGUCUACAAGAGCCACUGUCUGGACGACAACGCCUGGGCGCUGGUGGAGCACCACCCCAUCCUCGGCCUUGAGAGGUGUCUGGAGGACCAUGAGCUGGUGGUUCAGGUUCAAGCCUCCAUGAGCAGCGACAGUAAAUUCCUCUUCAGGAAGAACUAUGCCAAAUAUGAAUUCUUCAGGAACCCCCUGAACUUUUUUCCAGAGCAGAUGGUGGCUUGGUGUCAGGAGUCUGAUGGCUCAAUUCCUCAGUCACAGCUCUUACAGAACUUUCUGAACUCUAGCACCUGUCCAGAGAUCCAGGGCUAUCUGUACAUGAAGGAGCCGGGACGCAAGUCCUGGAAGAAGCUCUACAUGUUCCUGCGACGCUCGGGUCUCUACUAUUCUACUAAAGGAACAUCCAAGGAACCCCGGCAUCUGCAGCUGCUGUCAGAUCUGGAAGACAGUAACAUCUUCACCAUCAUCACCGGCAGAAAACUUCACAAUGCCCCCACAGACUACCAGUUCUGCAUCAAGCCCAGCAAAGUGAGGGGCGACUGUAAGGAGCUAAAGAUGCUGUGUGCAGAGGACGAACAGAGCAGGACCUGCUGGAUGACUGCCUUCAGACUGCUCAAAUAUGGGAUCGUACUGUAUCAGAGCUACAACAUCCCCCAGCAGAGGAAGUCCAACCUCUCACCUUUCACAGCGCCUGUGCGGAGUGUAUCUGAGAACUCCUUGGUGGCCAUGGACUUCUCCGGACGGACCGGUCGCGUCAUCGACAACCCUGUCGAGGCCCAGAGCGCCGCCCUGGAGGAGGGACAGACCUGGAGGAAGCGGAGCCAGCGUAUGAAUGUCCUGGGCAGUCCCAGCCCCCUGCACCCGUCCUCCCUGAGCACAGUGAUCCACAGGACACAGGUAUGGUUUCAUGGUCGCAUCAUGAGAGAGGAAGCCCACAAAAUGAUCAUACAACAAGGCCAAGUGGACGGGUUAUUCCUGUUGCGGGACAGUCAGAGUAAUCCCAAGGCUUUCGUGCUCACCUUGUGCCACCACCAGAAGAUCAAGCACUUCCAGAUCCUACUGUGUGAGGAGGAUGGUCAGGUGUUCUUCAGCCUCGACGACGGCACCACCAAGUUCGCUGACCUGAUCCACCUGGUGGAGUUCUACCAGCUCAACAGAGGAGUGCUGCCCUGCAAGCUCAAACACCCCUGCACCGCCGUGGCCUUGUGACACUCCACCCUCCCCCACGCACACACACCUCCACCCUUUUUUUGCACACCUUUCACCCUGAGACCCUGCCCCCCCAAUCUGCCCCUCUCUCAGCAACGCAAUGAGGUGGAGGAGAUAGAGAAAAGUUAAGUCAGGUUUUGGGGAUGUGAGCGACUCAGCAGGAACGGGCUUUUGCAGGUUUGAUGUGCCGUGCUGUUCUCCGCCUUACCGCUGUUUGGAUGUUUGAAUGGGAACCGUCUGGACAGUCCAAGCGUUGCAGAUUGUGGACCCGGCAGUUGCCCAACUCCUGCGAUGUGGUCGUGGAGACUCGGUUGUUUUGUCAUUGCUGUUUUGACCCUUGAGAGAGACCAUUCAUUGUGAAAACACAAGAGAGCUAAGAUCUGUUCAGCAGGAGUGCUGCAGGUCUCUCGGAUGGAUCUCUCCCUUAAAGUCCCUCGCCCUUCCAUGCCUUGACCUCCCCCAUCCUCCAGGCCUGAUAAGCUGUGGUGCCCGCCCCACCCUCGCCCCCUCACUACCGAGGAGGGCGAGGAGCGCCACCCUCUGACUUCCUCAUCGAUCAUCAGGGAUGGAUGGGAACCUCUCUGGGUCUUAUCAAACUCGAUCCAGGAGUUUUCUCAACCUGUGCAGUCCAGUCUGGAUAAGCUGACACCCUGCCCCCCCACUCUCCACCCCCCUGACCCUCCUCCCCCCUGACCCUCCUCCCCAACACCCGAGCGGACAUGACGUAUCGUCUCUGGGGUGUCCUAUUCCACAAUCCCCCUGGUGCAACCCCAGAUCUUGCCUCCACACAAGCUCAGAGAAAAAGAAAAGUGGAAAGAGAAAAGAGAAGUAGCUAAAGGCAGGAUGAGCAGAGCAGUGGCGAGGGUUUGCUGAAAGGACAGAGGAAUGUUUAUCAGGAAGGCUGUAACAAGCCUCUCUUGUAGAGUUGAUUACUUGAUGUCAUUUUAAUGCUGUUUGAUUACUGUUGAUUCAAUGCAGAACUAGUUUUGCACUCCCAGGCGGACAGACAACAGCUGUUCUCUCUAGCUAAAUGAAGCUGCCUGCUCUUCGUUCGUCGCCCUCCUCUUCCUCCUUCACCCCUCCCUCCCCUUCCCUCCUUCUGAAUAGCAUGCGUGUGAAUUUCCACCAGCUCUGAUUGGAUUACAGUGGCGUGGGAGCAAAAGAGAGUCAUGGCUGAUUAUGCAGUGCCUUUCAGAAAGGUUUGGGAACAUCUUGGACGUACGUGUGGCUCGUACCAGCAUGACCACACCACGGCAAAAAAAUAAAUAACGAAUGUGCUCUUGACCCGGCUGCACCGUCUCAAGACUGCGAGGAAGAGGAGGAAGACUGUUAAAUACACUCCCGAAAAGUGUGUCCACCCCCAAGCUCCUACCAUUUUGAGUCAUUUUUUUUUUUAAAUCGAAGGGUUAAAUCUGUCGGUGACUUUGUCUUUGAAUGUCAUUUUCUUUUUCCUAAGUCUGUUUUGAGCUCACUGCUUGCACAUUUUAAUGAUCCUGAUUUGAUAUUGAUGGGUUGGAGCUGUCAUGUUCGGAUUCUGACCACUGUUCCCUCACUACAGAAAAGACAAAUCAACUAAAGCACUCCCAUGAUUUUUUUUUUUUUUGCUUUGUUUUUAAAUAUGGAAUUGAACAAAUGACUUGAAACGUGAACUCAGCUGACUGUGUGUCGACAUAGUCGAAUGAGCUUCACUCGCCUUAAGUGAAAAUUGUGAGCCUUGUGUAUGAAAUCGAAGCUGUAUUAACAUGCACAUACCGUAACAGGUUUAAGAAGUUAAAAGAACAGUUUAUCAUUGGUGGAAAUACUCUCAUGCCUGAAUGCUAAAUAUGAAGCUACUGUAAGCAGCUGAAGACUAGCUAACUUGGCUCUGUCCAAAGGUAACAAAACCUGUAAAGCUUACUGAUUAACAUGUUGUGUCUUGUCUGUUUAAUCCAUACAAAACCCUAAAUGUAAAAACAACAAUUUGUGGUUUUACUGGAGGUUAUGUGACACACUAUUUCUAAGCUAAGCUAAUCAGCUGCUGACUAGCUUCACAUUUAGCAUACAAAGUGGUAUUGAUCUUAUCAACAAGAAACUGAAUAUGUGUAUUUCCAAAAAUAUCAAACUGUUCCCAUAAAGUAAAAAUCCACUUGAACAUGAUUCAGAAAACAGGUACUGGUGAUGCAACUUUACAUCUCUGAGCUCCAUUUUCCUGUUUGGUGCUGUAUUAUUUCUGCAGAUAACUGGCUAAAAUGUGACAUCAUGUCCAGAUAUUUCCAGCAGCUGCCGUGGGAGUUUGGUAGCAUCAGUGGUUAACAUUGGGUUGUGGUGUCAGUCCCUCAAGAAUCGAACAGCAAGGGCUUCUAUCUUGAACAGCUAUUUUGCAACAAUCACGAAGAGAGAGAUUAGUUCUGGUGGAGGUGAGAAAGCAGUCUCUACACCAGCAGUAGCCUCGAUGGACCAGAAUGCAUCACAGCCAUCAGAUAUGUAAAUCUUCCUGGGUUUUGGAACAUUAGCCAGACAAAAAAAAGCAAUUUGAAGACAGCACACUGGGUUUUAGGACAUUUUUUACCUUUCAUAGACCAAACAAUUUAUUCAUUUAUCCAAAAGAAUCGACAAAUCAAUCUACAACCAAAAUAUCUCUUAUAUGCAGCCUCAUAUAUUUUGUCAAGGUAGCUCAGUUUCUUUGCCCGCAGGCCAAUAUUUGAUUGAAAACAACAUGAUCAUGCCUCUUUCCUGUAGUUGUUGAAAAGCAUUCUGGGAGAUGAGGUGAAAAGGAGAUGAGGCAGGUAUCCUAAAAAAUGUUGGUCUGUCAUAAAAGUAGAUGGAGACACUGAAUUAAAACAACCACCUUCAAGCCAGAUCUGAAAAUGUUUGACUUUGGUGCCCCCAAGUGGUGGUAUCGAAAAAGACACUGUGGCAGAGUCACUGACUAAAUUGGAUGAAAGCAGCUGCAUGAACUUCAGCAGAAUGGGUUAAUUUUUCUACAAACAAACAAAACAUGCCGUCAGAAUAACUAUUUUCACAUGCUACAUUCACAUAAAUAUUCCAUGUAUUUAGCAGAUCAUCUGAGUAGAUUUUUGUCUUUAUAUCUGGCCCUGACUGUCUCCUACCAAAACAAAAGUGAGUAUCAUAUUUGUAGGAAUAUACAACAAGAAGAGAUUCUAGAGGAGACAUCUUUGAGGUCUUUUUGUUCUUUUCUCCUGCUGCCGUGAGACCAGCAAAUAAAAAGCUGCAGGCAUGUGACAUAACACUUGCUUAGCCACAAUCCCUCCCACCCUCACCUGCACCUCCCCUCCAUCCUGUGCCAGAUUCACAGUGAACAGGGUUAUCAUGAGGCCAUUAGACUCUCCGCAAGGCAAACUACACUCUAAGUACUGUCAUUGACACGCAAGCCACUGCCGCCACCAGUCCGCCAGUCAUGUGACUUGACGGACUCACCAGCUCUGCGCUCCACCAGUCAGGCCUUUUCUAGUCAGCCAGGGCAGACUCUUCUCCAGGGAUUGGAUAAUGCUUGAACCCCCGCCCCCUGUCCCACCUGUGUCCAGCCUGUAAGCUAUGACCCUGUGGUGAUUUAAGUGUGUGUGUGUAUGUGUGUGUGUGGAUGGCCAGACUGUUAUAUUCACUAUUCAGGAUUGCUAACGCCGCUGGUUAUCAUACUUGCCUUUUAGAGACAGUAAGAGGAAGGUUGCUUGUCGGUUGGGUAAAGCUAAGCCAAGUUGUGGAUUUAGAGGAGACAGGAGUUUGGCUGGAGGUUUUCCAGCAUUCCCAGUCCUCAGCUGAGGAUUCUUUCCUGUCUGCCAGAGAGGGAUGAAAAGCCACAUCGCUAUGGGUCAGUGGGGGACGAAUCACCGUCUUCUCCUCUGUCCAUUUUUAAUCACUGUGCUAAAAUGCAAUCCUAUACACAAGUCCAAGUAUAAGACUAUACCAGUGUACAGUAUCAUUUGUUUUCUAAGUAUGUGAAGCUAUGGAGAAGACGUAGAUCUAACACUGUACCUAGGUCACAGAUCACUAUGUAUGGGGCGUUAUGCUUUUGCUCAUAACUCCAUGUAAAAUGAAGAAUGAUUUAUUUUGUCCUUUUUUUCCAUUAUUUGAUUGUGUGUAUAUUGACAAUAUUGUGUAUUUUCUUUGGUUUGCCACAAAUGACCUUUAUACCCUUAUGUGUAUAUAUAUAUAUAUAUAUAUAUAUAUAUACACAUAUAAGAUGAAGAAUAUACCACAGUAUAUACAGUAUUAAAUUAAGCUGUUUUUUUUUUAUUUUAAGAGAUCAAACUGGAUUUCAGUUGUGCAUAUAAGCUGACAGGCUGACAGAGUCUUCACCUCUGGCAGCAUCCAAUUCUGAUGCCAUUUUGCUUCAAAACUACAUCUUUUGAAUAUCCCCUCUUUGACUGUCUGUCACAUCUGAAUCCACUAAUUUACUUUCAAGAAAACACUCCAGUAAUUGUUUGGAUGGCUAUUAACCUUAAAGGAGCUAUACAUAAGCUUUUUUCUAUCGCUACACAGCCAAUGUUAACAUCAACAGCUGUUUACUUACAAGUCUAGAAGAAACGUUACAAGUUUAGAAUCAAGAGCUGUCACCAGUGGUGGAAAGCAACGUCAAUUAUACUUGUUGUUUUGCCUCUAUUUCUAUUAUUUCUUUUUCUUCUAGUGAAGUUAGCAUGCUAACAAGCUAUCCCCAGCCCGUCCUGUCACAUAAUCCUACUUAGCGAUAGUGAGUCACCCUAGCGUCCAGUCUGCCCUUAGUUCAGCAUGGGAGGAUGAUGAAAUAGUGCUGAUCAAAGGGUGCAACAAUGGCAGAAGCUCUGGGCAAGCAACCAUCAUCACCACCACCUUCUCCUGGCAAGAAACCACGUUCGGCAGCAGAUAAAACUUACCUAUAGCACCUUUAAACACACGUGCACGCACACACACACACACACACACACACACACACACACACACACACACACACACCAGUGGGUUUUCAUCAAGAGCACACACACCAACACUUAACCCUUGGGGAUAUUCUUAGCAGCUUUUGUACACCUUUCAUCACAAGUAGUGCUAUUAAUUAUACGCUGUAGCUCAAGAGGAUUGUGCAUUACACUAUGUCCAUUUACUCUGAUUUUAAGGUGCAUAACAAAGUGUUUUUUAAAUUCUUUUUCUUAACUAAGCCUAUUCUUGCAGCAGGUGCCUCUUGUUUCUGAACAGUAACAAGUCCUUUGUUGCCGUCCGUCCACUCACUGCGUUCAUUUACAGUUAGCUGUGACUGUGAAACAUAAUCCUACUGGAACUAAAUCCUAACGUCAGGUCAAUGUUGCAUACAAGUCCCAUCGACAUUGGUGACUCUCAGUGUAGGUGCAAGUGAAACUGACUCAAUGUUGGUUGUGUUUUAUUUUUGGGGUUGAAGUCAUCAUAAGUUGAAGGCAAAUAAACAUUUCAGGGAAAGAAAAAAAAAGAGCAAAUGAACCGUAAUCUUUUUUUUCAUUCUUCAGAUCCCCCUACUGUGCUUUGCUUCAUUAUGUCUGUAUGGCUCCUGGAUCUACAUUGUAUCCUGUUCAGGUAUUUUUGUACAAAUAAGGGACUGAUAUAUUCUGUGUUUAUUGGAAAUUAGAAUAAAAGACAACAUUGCUAUAAACCAAAAA